AUGUACGAGAUAAGUAGCCUUGACUGUGUUAACGCCAAAGUCGAUGCCCUAACUCAGAAGAUUGAAAACCUCACUAUAGCACCUGUAGCCGCCGUGGCUGCUGUUUCCCCAAAUUGCGAAAUAUGCGGGAUGUCUGGACAUGCUGCCCCCGAGUGCCAACUUUUGGCAGGAGUUUCUCCCGAACUAGUAAACUAUGCUCAAGGAAACCCCUACUCAAACACGUAUAACCCAGGAUGGAAGAAUCACCCUAAUUUCUCAUACAAGAACAAUAAUGCUUUGUACGCACCUGGUCAAGCACCCAGUGUACCACCUGGAUAUCAAAAGGCAGCAUUCGCUGCUCCUAACGUCCCUAGGAAGUCUAACUUAGAAAUAAUGAUGGAAAAUUUCAUAGUCACUCAAACUCAGACUAGUGAAGAUUUCAUAAACCAGAACGUGCACACUAAUGAGCAAAUCAAACAGUUAGCAACUAAAGUAGACGCGUUGGCCACUCACAACAAGAUGCUCGAGACACAAAUCUCUCAAGUGGCACAGCAACAAGCACCUGCUUCCGCACCUGCUGGGACAUUUCCAGGACAGCCACAACCAAUCCCAAAAGGACAUGCUCAUGCUAUUAUUCUGCGAAAUGGUAGAGAGAUGGAUGAACCGACUGACCCUAGGCUUAAAAACCCUGCUAUGUUCCAAUGCCAUAGGAAGACAACUGAGGAGGAAAGUAGACCCAAGGAAAAACCGAGUGAUCCAAAAGAGAGAGAGGACAAAGAAGGCGAGACGGAGGAGAAAGAAGCGCGAUACAUACCUCCACCACCUUAUAAACCACCUAUCCCGUACCCUCAAAGACUCGAGAAAUCUAAAAACAUAGGGCAAUUUAAGAAAUUUGUCGAACUUCUUAAACAGUUAAACAUCACAAUUCCGUUUACAGAAGUCAUUACACAAAUGCCCUCAUAUGCUAAGUUCCUAAAAGAAAUCCUAUCUAAUAAGAAGAAAUUAGAAGACAACGAGACCAUAACACUCACUGCUGAUUGUAGUGCAAUAAUUCAAAAUAAAAUGCCACCUAAGCUGAAAGACCCAGGAAGUUUCUCCAUACCCUGCAAUAUAGGAAAAUUUGUCAUAGACAAAGCUUUAUGCGACUUAGGAACUAGUAUUAGCCUAAUGCCUUUGUCCAUUUGCGAGAAACUAAACAUGGGAGAUCUAAGACCAACCAAGAUGUUAGUACAACUUGCAGACCGAUCUGUCAAGUAUCCUGUAGGUGUUCUCGAAAAUGUACCCGUCCGCAUUGGACAAUUCUACAUCCCUGCGGAUUUCAUAAUUAUGGACAUAAAGGAAGACGUCAAUACUCCUAUAAUCUUAGGAAGACCUUUCCUAGCUACCGCUGGAGCCAUUAUAGACGUAAAGAAAGGCAAGUUGACAUUCGAAGUAGGUGAGGAGAAGGUCGAGUUUAUUCUAACACAAUUACUUCAAGCCCCAGCUAUAGAAGAUACAUGUUAUAUGGUGGACGUUAUUGAUGAAUGUGUAAGAGAGAUAGGACUAUCAGAAGAAUCUUACUCUGAAGUUAUAAAGAUUCUGAUGCCCCUAAUUUUCGAAGAUGACAAUUGGCGUUCGGAAUAUCGAGACGAUAGUUUAAGCGAAUGCUUAGCUUUAACACCCAACCCUAUGCCUUGCCCAAAGAAACCAGCCUUGGACCUUAAACCAUUACCCAAGACUCUUAGGUAUGAAUAUCUAGACAAUGAGCUCAAAAGACUAGUAAUAGUCAACGCAGAGCUAGGAGCCACAGAGACCGAGAAGCUAUUACAAGUAUUAAGGAAGUAUCCAUCUGCGUUAGGAUAUAACAUUGCUGAUCUGAAAGGAAUAAGCCCUUCCAUAUGUAUGCAUCGCAUCAUGUUGGAAGAAGAUUGCAAAACCUCUAGGGAGCACCAAAGAAGGAUUAACCCUAUCCUGAGCACAAUAGUUAAAGAUGAAGUUACCAAACUUCUGAAUGCUGGAAUUAUAUAUCCAAUCUCUGAUAGUCAGUGGAGAUGCAUGAUGUCGAUUUUCGCUGAUUACAUAGACAACAUCAUGGAAGUCUUUAUGGACGACUUCUCUGUGUGUGGGGAAGAUUUCGAAGGAUGUCUCUCAAAUCUAGAAAAAGUAUUGGACAGAUGUGUACAAGUCAACCUCGUCCUAAACUGGGAAAAGUGUCACUUUAUGGUUAAACAAGGGAUUGUACUUGGACACGUAGUCUCCGAAAGAGGAAUAGAAGUCGAUAAAGCAAAUAUCGAAGUAAUAGAAAAUCUCCAACCCCCAAAAACGGUUAGAGAGAUACGAAGCUUCUUAGGUCAUGCAGGUUUCUACAGAAGAUUCAUAAAGGACUUUUCUAAGAUCUCUAAACCUCUGACUAGCCUCUUAAUGAAAGACGUUGAGUUUAACUUCGACGAUGAAUGUCUAAAAGCUUUUGAAGUAAUAAAGACAGCCAUAAUAUCUGCACCGAUAAUGCAACCACCCGACUGGAAUUUACCAUUUGAAAUUAUGUGUGAUGCAAGCGACUAUGCUGUAGGAGCUGUCUUAGGCCAAAGGAAAGAUAAGAAACUCCACGCAAUAUAUUAUGCAAGUAGGACCUUAGACCCUACGCAAAUGAAUUACGCCACGACCGAAAAGGAACUCCUGGCGUGGUCUUCGCGCUAG